AUGGCGCCUCGUCGAUCUACGGCGAGGAUGUCAAGUGCGACGCCUGUACGUGCAAAUUCACCGGCAAACCCAUCGAUUCGUGCGGGCAGUGCCGUCGCCCCUGAGGGCGUCAUUUCGCGGCGAGUCACUCGAGGAACUUCUCAACAACCAACCCUAGCAGAUGGUAAUGUCAACAACCCGAGACUCCCCGAAGUGCAAAUUCAGCAGUCUUAUGCCUAUGGAUCGAGCAAAACGCCCGUGCUACCCACCCAGUUGGUCGCGCGCAGUAGGAUGAACUUAGAGGAGAUGGCCGAAACCAUCGAUGCAGGAGUCGAACAAGCGCAGCAACAUCUUCAAAACCAUAUUGAAGAGACCCAUGCAAAUCUGCAGAAGGAUUCUCGGGCCGAAAGGGCUCGACGAAGAGCUUCCCGCGAACCUUCUCAAGAAGCCUCCGUGGCUAGCGAUGACGCCGAGCAACAGCGGAGUCAGCGGGUAGCAGCAUGGGCCAGUUCUUUGGACGAUAACCGCCUAAAUGGGAUACCGGAAGAAGGUCAAGAAGCGGGAGAAAAAGAACAACAACAAGAAGAAGAAGAAGAAGAAGAAGAAGAAGAAGAAGAAGAAGGCGAAGGCGAAGGCGAAGGCGAAGGCGAGGAGACCGUGGCUCGGAGUACACCUGACAAUGAUACCAGCAAGGAAACAGACCCCUCCAGCUUCCCCAGCGGGAUAUUCGAUCACAGCUACAAUUAUGAGCGGGGAAUCCGAAAACCAAACAUCAAGAUUCGAGAACGGCAAGACCCAUGGAUUCAAAAAGCGUGGAAUAGCAGCAAAGAUGCUGUCCAACGAAUUCGACACAGCUCAUCAGAUGUCUUGUUUUCGAUAUCAGACUGGUUCACACGAUUAUUGCGGCUCAGUGGCAGAGCAAUCCGAGACUUCCCAAAUUCGCCUCUUGUUUCCAUCAUGACCAGCAUUGUUUUCGCUUCGCUUUUUGUCGGCGGAGCAAGCCUUCUGUUAUGUUACACCUACACUAAUUUUAUUUGCGACCCUCUAUCAACUUCUCCUGUUGGCCUGACUCUCCAGAAAUACUGCGGAACAUGCACCCGGAGCCCGAGCGCGGCGACUCUCAACUUUACAGUCGGCAAUGGAAAUGACUUGUCCAAACUCACAUCGGCAAUCAACAACAUCAACCAACAACUUCGGAUCCUCGAAACACGACUAACCGACAAAAUGGACGCACAAUAUGCAGCGGUUGAUAAAGACGUUGAAGCCCUCAAAAGACAACAUUCAGAGUUGUCAAGUCACAUGGCAGGAUUGAAAAAGGGUGGCGGAUCGAGAACCUUGUCUGGCGAUGUUGCCUCCCCAGUCAUUCCCAAAGUCAACUAUUUCUCACCCAAUAACGGAGCCAUGGUUGAGCCGCGACUAACUUCGCCAACCAUGCAAAAGCCACUGACACUCGCGCGCCGAGUGCUGUUGCGAAUGCUUUUGUCGACGCGGUAUGUGACCAGGCCACCAAUUACAGCUCUCACUCCGUGGCAAGAUGUGGGAGAUUGUUGGUGCGCCUCAGCUGUGCUCGGCGACGACCAAGAACAAGGACAUGAGACGAUGAGACUAGGCGUGAGAGUGAUAGAAAUGAUCUAUCCCACCGAAGUGGUCAUCGAAAACUACCCCAGCGCCGGUUCUCUGUUGCCAGGCUCAACUCCCAAAACCAUCGAACUGUGGGCCGACUUUGAACAGCUGGACAGUCUUGAGUGGGAGAAGCUAAAUAUCAGGUCGAUGCAGGGCGUGGCGGGAAAUCCCUUCGGACCCACCUACGCACUGCUCGGCAAGAUGGAAUACGAUGCCUCGAGCGAAGCGAGUCAUGUCCAGUCAUUUCCACUGGACGUGAACCAAGGCGCGUUGACGUACGGGGCGCAAAAUUUCGUGCUGAGGGUGAUCGGGAAUUACGGCGCGGAGUUUACUUGUUUGUAUCGGGUUAGGUUGCACGGCGUUCCGGUUUUUGGGCACGAACAGGGAGACUCUUGA